GAGAUAUUUUUGCUGUUGAGCAAGACGCUCCCACAACAAACUGGCACACCUGGCGGCCCGAACAACACGAGACACGCACGCAAGCAAGCAAGCACCAUGACACGGCGUAAGAAGAAGAAAAUCGACAAGCGUGGAGCCGAUGGCCGGGCGGUUCCGAAGAAACCGAAGCCGGCGCAGCAACAUGAUCUUCCGUCACGCGGCGCUGGUGAUGCGCUCUCCGACGGCCACGACAGCGUCGAUUUGAUGGACGUGGAUCAGGAAGAAGGCAAGGCGGCGGCAGACGAGGAUGGUAACGACGAGGACUGGUGCGAUGAGGAUACCAGCGGCGCACACAGCAAUGGUAGCGGUCAGUCGAUCCUGAGUUUUGCGAAGUGGUCGGUGGCGUCCGCAGGUCGCGAUGCAGGAAGUGCGGCGGAAAAAAAUCCGCCGCGUGUGCUGUCGAGAAGUCAGCAAUUUCGCAACAGAAAAAAACUUCUCCAGCAACAAGCAGCAGGCUUGGCACGAGCUAUGUGAGCGUUCAUCCGGAAGUC